AUGACGACUUAUGUUAUUUACAAUACUGACAACGCAAUUGGUGCAUUCUUCAACUCGACCACUGCCACAAGACAGCAAUGCGAUGAAGUUGCUAUUUCUCGCGCCGGUGGUGUGCCCACUGCCUUACAGAUGCAGGGAGUGUGCAGCUAUACCGUGACAGCAGGACCUGAUAACUCCAAGCUCUUCCAGUUCCGAGAUGAGAACUCUCCCAUUGAUAUGGGUAACAUUGCCCUUGCCAAAGCAACUCAUCCCGAAUUUGUGUCUAGCUGCAAGUAUCACGGUACCUUGGGUGAUUCGUCAGUCCAUAUCUAUGAGAUGGAAUGUCUUCCUGGGACUGCCCAUAUAACGGCGGGUAUCCCUCCAGACGAUAUGUCCCGACAGUAUAACACUAUUAAGGACUUUGCAAGGUUCUUUGCACAGUCAUGGAACAACGGUCAACAGCCAUGCUCAGACAUAACCGCGACCUUGCUUAGAGAGUUCCAAUCAAAUUUCGACCUUCUUGCUCGAGACCUACCAUCUCGCUUUACACCAAACCUAGAAAGAGUCCGAAAGGAGCUCCCAUCUAUCUUCUCGGCCCUCCCCUUUGUUCUUAGCCACGGUGACCUUAACAUGAUGAAUGUUCUCGUCGAUCCUAAAACCGGGCAUAUCACAGGGAUUGUUGACUGGGCUGAAUCAAGGAUUCUACCCUUUGGCUUCGCACUUUAUGGGCUUGAGAAUCUUUUAGGCUGGAUGGAUUCAGAAGGGUGGCACUACUACGAUUGCUACCGUGAACUCGAGAGCCUCUUCUGGCAAACCUUUCGUGGGGAGGCUUAUGAUUUCAGUGAUGCUAAUUUAUAUCUGAUCCACACUGCGAGGAUGGCUGGACUUUUCUACCAUUAUGGCUUUAAUUUUGACUUAAAAGGCGUGGUGCAAAGUGUGCGGAUGGGCCAGCUGGAUGGUUCGCUGGCAUAUCUCGAUGCUUUCUGUGUUGCUAAUGAGUGA